GAGGGUGUCAAGAGGCGGAGGCAGCCGGCGAGAACCGCUUCGAUUUAGUGCCAGGGUCUCUCUCACAGUGCGUGUUCUGGAUACCUGUCGUUCAGGCUAAUGGAGAGGAGGAGACUGCAGGACAAUGUGAGCAGAAGUCACUUGUGCAUAUAAUAGUUCUGUUUGAGAUCUGAUGGGUCCGCAGCCGUAUUUUUAAAAAAAGAGAGACACAUCUCUUUGAGUGGCACAAGGUAGCUGGGAUACACCUCCGUAAUCAUUGGAGUAAGCAAGUGCACCAAGCAAGUGAGUAAGCAAUUCUUUUUCAGAAUUUAUUUCUACUGGACUCAACAGUAUAGACUGUUGCUUGUGAGUGGAUAGGAAUGCCUCAUUUCAGUCUGGAAUUAAAUGCAACAGCUCUGGACAGAACGGAUUUUGGCAACGUCACUAUCCUCAGAACUUCUUACUCUCUGGGCAGCAAGAGUUACUGUUGUACGGAUCCUUUUGACAUAAACCAUAAAUCUAUGAGGAUGGUGCCACCUAACGUGGCAAUAUAAACUGGAACUUAACUGGCUGAAGUCUUCUGCAAGUCUUGAUGCUGAAAAAUAUCUUAUGUCGAUUAUGAAGAAUGGAUGAAGAAAAAUACACUUUUUGCAUGACAAUAUAUACUUGACAAGGCUGCUUCCAUAAUCCAAAGAAGUGAAAAAAGGGGAGGGGAGGAAGAUGGGAGAGGCACCUGGAAGACAGGAAGAGCUUUAGGGACUGUUCUGCUCAGCUCCUCCAUCCACGAGGAAUCCAUGGCAGUGUCACAGGAAUGAACAUAUCUGGAAAUGGCAGUGAUGAAGCUGAUGGCAACAAUAUAUGUGGCUUCAGAAAGAAAAAGGGAGUCAAAGAUACUAGAAAACAUGUUCCUCCAUUAGAAAAUGAGAAAAUGCAGUUGUCCAGCUCUUCAGAAAUCCCAGAUCUUUAUCAUCUUCAAGGAACCACUGGUUGUACAGAACCACCACCAGAUCAGUCUCUUCAAAACCCGACCAGUUUUCCUCCAGUACAAAAGGACAGAGGGUGUAAUGACAGUUCCCAUAUUGGCAGUAAUGCAGAAGAAGACAUGUCACAGGAAACAGAAAUCCAGAAAAAUACUGACACUGAGAAAGAAAUGAUAGAAAAUAUGCACAAGGAAAUAGAUGCGCCAGCUAAAACAGAUCUGCCUUUGGGAGUACAACCUGCAAGCAGCAAAGAGGAAGCCGGGUGCUUCGACACAGCGAGCGCAGCAAGGAACACUGAGAGGACAGGGACAGAGGAUAAGGAGGAUGAACGCUGGGGAACAGAAGCAGCAGCCAAAUUUUGUCUGGUGCAGGUGGGUUCGCUUGACAGUACUGUAGCAACACAAGGAAGUGGUACCGGAGAGCCCUUCAUGGCGGCAUCUGGAAUUUCCAAACAAACUUUUCAAGAGUUGGAAAACCUGUUGAGUGAAAGUCCUCAACUUAAUCAUGGGCCCAAAUACAAUGGCAAGGCAGGUGGUACAUUUUUUCAGAAAAUUCUGAAGUCGAGGGAGAAAGCUGAUAAGCAGGGAAGACCCUUUGAGACUUUUAGACCCCAUUUUGGAGAAGAGAAUCAAAAGCACCACGGUUUCCACAACGAGGAAGCAGGGCAGUGGAGUAAGCCUCUCUCUGUUCUGAGCACUGCUGGAUCUAAUCAGCAACAACCAGAGGGAAGCAAUGUGGAUCAACCUAUUCUUAGAUUACCCUUAACUUCUAAAAAUGCAGAAAGCUCUACUCCAGAAAGUCAGUUUGACUCUUCUGCAGACCAGAUGAUUGUGUCCAGCAGAGAACCUGAGGUAAACGGCCUUGGAAGUCCAACUCUUCUUCAGCAGUUCUGUCAUAUUGAAUAUAUUAAGCAACAGAUGGCCAGGGACAACGUACAGUUUGUCAGAUUUGAAUCAGUAGACCUCCAUGGCGUGUCAAGAUCAAAGAACGUUCCUUCUCGCUUUUUUCAUGAAAAAGCAAUUCAUGGUGUUUCCAUGCCCAGAAGUUACCUUGAACUGACCCUGAAUCCUAAGGAUAGUGAAAUAGAUUACAUAAAUGCAACCAAUUUUAAUUGUGAUAUAAUUCUGAACCCUGAUUUAGCAACUUUUCGAAUUCUACCGUGGACUGAACAGACUGCUCGAGUGAUAUGUGAUUCCUUCACCAUACUGGGCAACCCUCUAAUGACCUCACCCAGGCACAUUGCCAAGAAACAGCUGAGCCAGCUUCAGGACAAUGGCUUUUCUCUACGCUCUGCUUUCACUUAUGAAUUUUGCAUUUAUGGCAUUACUGAGGUUGUAAAUUCGAAGACAAUAUCUUUUCCUGCAGCAACGAUACUAAAUAACCAUGAUCAGGCUUUCAUUCAGGAGCUCAUUGAAGGAAUGUAUUAUGCCGGUGCCAACAUUGAAAGCUUUUCUUCUUCCAGUGGACCUGGACAAAUGGAGAUCACUUUUCAUCCAGAGUUCGGCUUAGAUGCUGCUGACAGUGCCUUCACAUUCAGAACAGGCAUUAAAGAAGUGGCUAAGAAGUAUAACUAUGUGGCUAGUUUUUUCUCAGAAUCAGGAUUCUACAAUUCAGGGAUUCUGUCACAUAGCUUGUGGGACUUGAGUGGCCAGAGGAAUUUGUUUUCCAUUGGCUAUGGAGCUGAGGAGCUCACUGAUGUUGGAAAAAAUUGGUUAUCAGGUCUCUUGGCACACACGGCAGCUAUCAGCUGCUUGAUGGCUCCUACCACCAGCUGCCGCAAGCCUUAUUCCAAAUACAGUAAAGAGUCAAAAGAGACUGUAAAUGCAAAAUGGGCAUAUAAUGAUAACAGCUGUGCCUUUAAUGUCAAAUGGCAUGAUGGAAAAGGCACUCACAUAGAGAAUAGGUUAAGUUCUGCAACAGCAAACCCCUACUUGGUGCUUGCUGCUACAGUUGCUGCAGGUCUAGAUGGAGUAAAGAGAGGACUUAGGUAUGAUAUUUCACAGGAAGAAAAUCACAUUCUUGAUCUAAAACCUUCAUCAGUCCCUCUAAAACUAGAAGAUGCUCUUGUUGCCCUUGAGAAAGAUUCAUGCAUUAAGGAAGCAUUAGGUGAAACUUUUGUCCAAUACUUUGUCGCCAUGAAACAUUAUGAGUUAGAAACUGAAGAAAUGGAUAGUGAAAGGAAUAAAUGUUUGGGAUAUUUUAUUUAGAAGGAACACUCUUCUGUAGUGAUGCUGUGUAAAUGCAUACA